AGCCAGGCCACCAACCACACCGACACCGUCUAGUCCAGGGCUCAGCUAAGCAGGCAUGGCUUGGCUGCGGCUGCAGGCUGUCGCCGCCGUCCUAGCUCUGCUAGCGGCCGCCGGCGUCACGCACAGCUUCGAGUUCCAUGAGGCCACCGUGGACGCCAUCCAGCUCGGCUUCCGCAACGGCAGCCUCACCUCGGCCGCCCUCGUCCGGUUCUACCUGGACCAGAUCCGCCGCAUGAACCCGCUGCUGCACGCCGUCAUCGAGGUUAACCCGGACGCGCUCCGGCAGGCAGCACGCGCUGACGCCGAACGCCGUCGCGGCAUGGCCACGGGCGCGCUGCAUGGGGUCCCCGUCCUGCUCAAGGACAACAUCGCCACCUGUGACGCUCUCAACACCACGGCUGGGUCGCUGGCGCUCCUCGGCUCUGUGGUGAAGCGCGACGCCGGCGUGGCGGCCAGGCUGCGGCGCGCUGGCGCCGUGGUGCUCGGCAAGGCCAGCCUCUCCGAGUGGGCCAACUUCCGAAACGUCCACAACGGGUGGAGCGCGCGCGGUGGCCAGACGCGCAACCCGUAUGUGUUGUCGUCCGACCCGUGUGGGUCGAGCUCCGGGUCGGGCGUGGCCGCGGCGGCAAACAUGGCGGCCGUGACACUGGGUACCGAGACCGACGGCUCCAUACUCUGCCCGUCGUCGUUCAACUCCGUGGUCGGCAUCAAGCCCACCGUCGGGCUCACCAGCCGCGCCGGCGUCGUCCCCAUCACCCCUAGACAAGACAGCGUCGGACCGAUGUGUCGGACAGUGUCGGAUGCAGUCCACGUGCUGGACGCCAUCGUUGGCUACGACAAGCUCGAUGCCGCGGCCACUCGAACAGCAUCCAAGUACAUCCCUCGCGGCGGAUAUCUUCAGUUCUUGAAGAAGGAUGGGCUAAAAGGGAAGAGAAUCGGUGUCCCCAAUGAAUUCUUUCAAGGAGUUGGAGAGAAGCAGAUGAGGGUGUACAAACAGCACCUCGCCACAAUUAGGAAACACGGAGCCGUGGUGAUCGAGAACCUUGACAUUGCCACCGGCCGUCAAGAUAUUGUUUCCAAUGAGUGGACUGCCAUGCUGACGGAGUUCAAGUUGAGCAUGAACGAGUACUUGGCGGACCUGUCCUACUCUCCAGUCCAUUCUCUUGCAGGCAUCAUAGCUUUCAACAAAGCGCAUCCUAUUGAGGAGAGGCUAAAAGAUUUCGGGCAACAAAACCUUAUCUUAGCCCAAAACACAAAUGGCAUUGGCCAUGUUGAGAGAGCUCGGAUCCGCCUGCUGAAGAAGCUCUCCGCGAAUGGCCUGGAGAAGAUGAUGAAGGAGCAACAACUGGACGCGAUCGUUGCACCCGAGCAUUAUGCUUCCAACCAUCUCGCCAUUGGCGGCCACCCCGGUAUCGUUGUGCCAGCUGGGUACAACGAGAAGGGUGUCCCUUUUGGCAUAUGCUUUGGCGGGCUGCAGGGAUAUGAGCCGAGGCUGAUCGAGAUGGCCUAUGCUUUCGAGCAGGCUACUGAAGUGAGAAGGCCACCUACGUUCAAGCCUUAGCUAGGUCGCAUAACUUUCUUGAGUAGCAACAAUGUGACGCACCAUGGCCCAAAAAGUCUCCACUUGCACUGUUCUCCCUUAGUGUAAAAGAAUAAAUCUGAAAUGUUACUUUUUGGGCCAACAAGGAUUGUAUGCAAGUGCUACUCCGAAUAAAUCGACAAUGUGGUUCUAAA